AUGGCGUCCGAAACUACCCCCAUUCCUCGCGGCGAGGAAAACUUUGGUGAAGAUGAGAAGAAGAUCGUUGAGAAGCACGAAACAACCCCAAUUGACCUAGAGAAUAGCACCGCGGCAAAGAUCAAAAACCCUCUUGCCCAUCUCUCAAAUGAGGAGGUCAUCAAAGACGUGGAGGAAUUUGCGGACAUCAACGGUUUCUCGGACCUGACACCGAUGCUCAUCAAAGGUGCUCUUGUCGCAAAGGAUCCACCAGCAUUUGAAUCGGUUCCCGGUCUCACGGAGCCUGAAAAGGAGGCCAUCAGGAAUGAAGUGCUGCACAAAUGGCGUCAACCUAGGGCUUUGUACUUCACCAUCAUUCUCUGCUCCAUCGGCGCCGCAGUCCAAGGUUGGGAUCAAACUGGUUCCAAUGGGGCCAACCUUUCUUUCCCAGAUGCUUUGGGUGUGCCAGUUUCUGAUGAGUUGGCCGAUGGGUCUCCAAAUCCCCAUGCUUCCCGCAAUCAAUGGUAUCAAGGAUUGGUUAAUGCUGGACCAUACAUUGCUUCUGCUUUCAUCGGUUGUUGGUGCUCUGAUCCUUUGAACAACUAUUUCGGUCGUCGAGGUACGAUCUUCGUCUCUGCCGUUUUCUGUUUCCUAAGUCCAAUUGGCAGCGCUGUCGCACAAACCUGGGAACAACUUUUGGUCACCAGACUCCUGCUCGGUAUUGGUAUGGGCUGCAAAGGUUCUACCGUUCCUAUCUUUAGCGCCGAGAAUGCCCCAGCAGCUGUUCGUGGCGGUCUCGUCAUGAGUUGGCAGAUGUGGACAGCUUUUGGUAUCUUUUUGGGUACUUGUGCCAAUCUGGCUGUUAAGGAUACUGGUGACAUAUCCUGGCGUCUUCAAUUUGGCUCUGCUUUGAUUCCCGCCUUGCCACUUCUGGUUGGAAUCUAUUUCUGUCCAGAAUCACCUCGUUGGUAUAUCAAGAAAGGCAGAUAUCUCAAGGCUUUCCAAUCUCUCAAGAGACUCAGGAACACCGAGCUUCAAGCCGCUCGCGAUUUGUACUACAUCUUCGCUCAACUUCGAAUGGAAGCAACUUUGGUCAAGACGGACAACAACUAUGUCACUCGCUUCAUUCAACUUUUUACGAUCCCACGAGUUCGUCGUGCGACUCUGGCUUCUUUCACAGUCAUGAUCGCCCAACAGAUGUGCGGAAUCAAUAUCAUUGCCUUUUACAGCUCUACUGUCUUCGAGCAGGCCGGUGCAUCCACAACAGAGUCAUUGCUUGCGUCCUGGGGAUUCGGCUUGGUCAACUUUGUCUUUGCAUGGCCUGCAAUUUGGACUAUCGACACUUUCGGUCGUCGAUCUUUACUCCUGUUCACAUUCCCACAAAUGGCUUGGACGUUGCUCGCUGCUGGUCUCUGUUAUUUGAUCCCCGAGGAGAAUACCGCACAUUUGGGUCUUGUGGCAUUGUUCAUCUACAUUUUUGCCGCAUUCUAUUCUCCGGGUGAAGGUCCGGUGCCUUUUACUUAUUCCGCCGAAGUCUUUCCACUGUCACAUCGUGAGGUUGGUAUGGCUUGGGCUGUUGCAACUUGCUUGUUCUGGGCCGCUGUUCUUUCUAUCACGUUCCCUCGGAUGCUUGCAGCCAUGACUCCCACUGGUGCAUUCGGCUUUUACGCUGGAUUGAAUGUCUGUGCCCUGGUCAUGAUUUUCUUCUGGUUGCCAGAGACGAAACAACGUACAUUGGAGGAACUCGAUUACAUCUUUGCGAUUCCCACUCGCACCUUCAUGAAGCAUCAACUUGGUACCGUUUUGCCGUGGUGGAUCAAGACAGCCAUCUUCCGACGCAAGAUUGGUCCUUGCCCAGCACUGUGGUCAUUUGAAGGCCACGUUGAUAAUGACCAGGAAUUCAUUGAAACAAUUCGUCGUCAAAGCGAGGCCGUUCGGGGUCGUCGCCGAAGCAGUGUUGUGAACAGAAUCGCCAACAAGUUCUAA